AUGGCAGACAUCAAAGAAGCCAAAAGCCAAGCCGCCACCACUGAAGAGCAUAGUAAAGUCCAGAUAGUUCCCGGCCUGGAGGACGAGACAGUGAUUGACGGGAUCGAUCCUGUCUAUGCCGCAAAAGCUAGGGUACUCAAUCAUGCGAUUCAGGAGAUUGGCAUGGGGCGCUAUCAAUGGCAACUCUUUGUGGUGAUUGGCUUUGGCUGGGCACAGGAUAACUUGUGGCCCGUCGUCACUUCUCUUAUCCUUACCCCUAUCACUAACGAGUUUCAUCCUUCGCGUCCUCCUCUCCUUACGCUUGCGCAAAACAUUGGACUGCUCGGCGGGGCUGCAUUCUGGGGUUUUGGGAGCGAUAUCUUUGGCAGGCGCUGGGGCUUCAACAUGACGCUGGGCAUCACAGCCGUCUUUGGAAUGAUAGCCGCCUCCUCUCCCAACUUUGCUGCCAUCGGGAUUUUUGAUGCACUGUGGAGCUUUGGGGUCGGCGGAAACCUCCCUAUCGACAGCGCAAUCUAUCUCGAAUUUCUGCCCCAUAGCCACGCCUACACGCUUACAAUCUUAAGCAUCUUCUGGGCGUUCGCACAGCUUUUGGCUGCACUUGUCGCAUGGCCAUUGUUGGGCAAUCUCACGUGCCAGGAGGACACCGUUUGUACUCGUCAUGACAACAUGGGUUGGCGAUAUUUCGUCAUCACCAUGGGUGGUAUCGCUCUACUCAUGUUUUUCUGUCGUUUCGUACUGUUCACGGUCUACGAAUCGCCCAAAUACCUCAUGGGAAAGGGCAAGGAUGAAGAGGCCGUGAGAGUUGUCCACGAGGUCGCAAGGAGGAACAAGACGACUUCGAUUCUGUCUGUUGAUGAUCUGAGAGCUUGCGAGAGAUUUGGUGACCAGGAAGUGCGACAACAGACGGACGCGACCGCCGCCAUCAAAAGAAAGCUUCAGGCUGUGAGCGGCAAGCACAUCAGGGCCUUGUUUGCGACAAAGAAACUCGCAUACAGUACGUCCUUGAUCAUGCUGGUGUGGGCUUUCAUCGGCUUGGCUUUUCCCCUCUAUAACGCCUUCAUUCCCUUUACACUAGCUAAGAAGGGUGCCGAGCUCGGAGAUGGUUCCACUUACAUCACAUACCGCAACGCCUGUAUUAUCGCCGUCCUCGGCGUUCCAGGAUCAAUCCUCGGAGGGAUUUUGGUCGAGAUCAAAUUCUUUGGGCGCAAAGGUACAUUAUCGAUGGCCACCAUUCUCACCGGUGUCUUUAUUAUCGGAAGCACGACGGCCAAAUCGUCUUCAGCUCUGCUCGCUUGGGACUGUCUCUACUCUUUCUUUUCGAAUGUCAUGUACGCGGUGCUGUACGCGUAUACCCCCGAGAUCUUCCCAACGAGGGAUAGGGGGACCGGUAAUGCUUUGACGGCCAUCUCCAACAGGAUCUUCGGCAUCAUGGCGCCCAUUAUUGCUAUGUUUGCCAACUUGGAGACAUCUGCGCCGGUGUACACAAGCGGCGCACUGUUCAUAGCUGCGGGCUUGGUGGUUGUCAUACUCCCAUACGAGUCUCGAGGGAAAGCAUCUUUGUGA